GGCAUUUUUCAAAAACAGAACAUAAAACACGAAAAUGUACAACAAUAACCGGCAGUUUAAAGUUAACUUCAAAUGAACAUAGUCUCAACACUCAAAUGAUCGGCAAUCUUCGGUCCAUGUCGGAUCCAUUCGGUUUACGAUACGAACUCGAGUCAGAGAGAAUUCAACUCGAGUGGGUUCGAGUUACGCCCAACUCGAGUUAACUCGAGUUACUUACUCGAGUUGACCAUCACUAGUAUAAACGUCAGUGAUCGCCAUGCACACAUACAUUCACACCAUAAUCAGCCACUUCGAGCGCAAACUUCACACAGUUGACACAUUUACUUAGUGGCGAAAAAAACAAAAUAUUAUGUCUUGUGUGGUGAAAUGGUGUAAAAACCGUUCUGAUCGAACGACCAAAAAUCGAGGAAUCACUUAUCACAGGUUUUCUAUAGUUAAUGAAGUAUGGAGAAAUGAUUGGAUUCAAAUAAUAAGAAAAUGUAACAACGAUAACGAUUGGAUUCCAAGCAAACGUAGUGUCAUUUGCAGUUGUCAUUUUGAAGAUAAUGACUUAUAUACAACUAAAGGAGGACGCCAGCGUGUUGUUACUUAUGCAUUGCCUCAAAAGUUUUUAUUUAAAACAGCACACGUGGCAGAGGAACAUCCUGCGGUUGUGUCCUCUAUUCCUAGUAUUUCACAAGAGAGCACAUCGAUGACUGUGCCAGAACUGGAACAUUCUAGUUUCAUAACUAUGAAUAUAAAGCAAAAGCAAGAGAACCUACCUGCUGAACCAAAUAUUAUCUGUUUUUCUCAAGGGAGCACAUCGAUGACUGUGCCAGCACUGGAACAUUCUAGCUUCUCAACUAUGAAUAUAAAGCAAGAGCAAGAGAACCUACCUGCUGAACCAAAUAUUAUCUGUUUUUCUCAAGAGAGCACAUCAGUGAGUGUGCCAGCACUCGAACAUUCUGGUUCCUCGACUAUGGUACUACUUGCUGAACCAAAUAUUUCCAAUGCUUUGCGAGAGAAUUAUCCUGGAAUUGGAGAGUGUACUAUCACCAAAAAACAAAAUAUUAUUAAAAAACAAGCACGGAAGAUAAAAACUUUGAAGCAGAAAGUCAAUAGACUUCAAAGUAGAAACAGAUCCCUAAAAGUUAUUAUAAAAUCCCUAAGAAACUACGUUGAUCCUGAGACAUUUAAUAGACUAAAACUAAAGGACUAAUAGACUAUAGUCUACAGAGCUAGGUAGGACUAUUUUUAUCGACAGAAAAAAAUACAAAAAUUAUCUGAGAUUUUUUUAAAUUUUUGUAUAGCAUUUUUUAUAACAGGUGUGCUCCUAUAACAGAAACCAAAAAAACACGAAUUUAAAUGCAAUUUUUUUUUUUUCAAAAAGUGUCAUUUUUUAUUAUUUGUUGGCAUUUUCUGGGUAUUUCAUAUAUUUAUUUUAGUAUCGCCUGUUAUUUAGCAUCAUUACUGUUUUUGUUUUGUCAGGAUCAUAAUAUUAUUAUCUGGUAUCCUUAGGUAUAAUUUCGUCCAAUUCGUAAUUAUAUUGCUGUCGCCACAGUGCGACGGGCGGCCGCAGUGAGUGUGCGAGCGCGACAGCAAUAUAAUUACGUACGAGCGAUAGGGAUGGGUGGCUUGAGGUCAUUGGACGAAAUUCUAUGUGCUCGGCGACCGGACUUUAGUUUAAAGUUAUUACGUUUUCUUUACAAUAAGUAUUAGAAAUAAAAAAAAAAUCUUAAAAAAAAAUAAUUUAAAAAUCUCAGAUAUUUUUUUUAAUAUUUUUUCCGUCGAUAAAAAUAGGUCAACUUUCACCUACUUAUUUCCAUAUGUGCACUUUAUCAAGCAAGACACACUGUAUACAAUUUUCAAAAUUCAACAAAAUUGUCUACAAAAAAUGAUGAAUGUUUUUGUUGAUUGAGUGGCAAAACACUCGCUGAUUAAUUGUUUGUACAA